AUGUUUGGCGCGACCGCAAGCGCACCGCAGACAGCGUCGAGUGGCUUUGGCUUUGGCGGCUCCGGUGGAGCAGCUGCGCCGUCGUCGAGUGGCUUUAACUUUGGCGCGACGCCAGCAGCGCCAGUUGCAGUAGGGGGCGGAUUCGGAAGUGCAGGAACGGCUGGAACAUCGAUGGGGUUUGGUUUUGGGGCUCCACUGACGUCGACGACUCCUGCAGCGUCGUCUGGCUUUUCUUUUGGGGCAGCGCCGGCUGCGACACCUGCUCCAGUUAGCUCUGGGUUCGGCUUUGGAGGCACGGGCACAGCUCCGAGUAGUGGUGGUAGCGCUGGCUUUGGGUUCGGCGGAACUGCUGCACCUGCUGCCGGUUCAAGUGGGUUCGGCUUUGGAAGCACGGGCACAGCUCCGAGUACAGGUGGUAGCAGUGGUUUUGGGUUCGGCGGAACUGCUGCACCUGCUGCUGGUUCAAGUGGGUUCAGCUUUGGAGGCACGGGCAUAGCUCCGAGUAGCGGUGGUAGCAGUGGCUUUGGGUUCGGCGCAACUGCUGCACCUGCUGCCGGUUCAAGUGGAUUCAAUUUUGGAGGCGCGGGCACAGCUCCGAGUACUGGUGGUAGCAGUGGCUUUGGAUUCGGCGCAACUGCUGCGCCUGCUGCUGGUUCAAGUGGAUUCAAUUUUGGAGGCGCGGGCACAGCUCCGAGUACUGGUGGUAGCAGUGGCUUUGGGUUCGGUGCAACUGCUGCGCCUGCUGCUGGUUCAAGUGGAUUCAAUUUCGGAGGCACGGGCACAGCUCCGAGUACUGGUGGUAGCAGUGGCUUUGGAUUCGGCGCAACUGCUGCGCCUGCUGCUGGUUCAAGUGGAUUCAAUUUCGGAGGUACGGGCACAGCCCCGAGUACUGGUGGUAGCAGUGGCUUUGGGUUCGGCGCAACUGCUGCGCCUGCUGCCGGCUCAAGUGGGUUCAAUUUCGGAGGCACGAGUGCAGCUCCGGCUGGUGCUAGCUCUGGGUUUAGCUUUGGUGGGACAGCGCCGGCUGCUAACGCAACGCCAUCGUUUGGGACUGGUGCUAAUGCUGCGACGACGGCGAAACCUUCGUUUUUUGGGCAGCAACCUGCAGCGAGUAACACUGCAGCGACUGGAUUUGGGAGUGGCUUUAGCUUUGGUGCUAAGCCGGCAGCGGCGGGCACUGGCUUUGGAUUUGGCACAGGAAGCGGUCUUGCUGCUGGUCCGAGCGCAUUUGGCACAACAGGCUCGUCACUUUUUGGUGGCGGUGGUGGUUCUGGCUUCGGCACUGCGACUCCUGGCACUGCGCCCUCAGGCUUCAGUACGACGCCGGCGUCUACUGCUCCCGCCCCGAUCAUCGUGGGUGCCGAUGCGUCUGUUGCGCAGCUGAACACGAUCAAGGCAGCCUACCAGGACCCCGCUCAGUCACGCUUCAAGUUCCUCAUGUACAACACUGUUGACCCGAUGCAGCGACAUCUGUACGUCCGACCGCCAUACAUCAGCGAACGUUUGUGGAAUCAGGCGGAGCUCGACAACCCCGACCCGCCCAACUGCGCACCCGUUCCUAUUCUGGGUUUUGACAACCUAUUGAAGCGUAUCAAGGCGCAACAGGAGCACGCGGACAAGUACAACAAGUACACGGAUGACCUGCGUGCACAACUGAAUGAGAUGGACAAGCACACGCGUGCGACCGAAGAGAAGCUUGAAAAGUGUCGCCACGAGCACGUGCAGCUCUUUCACUCGCUAGUGAAAGUCAUGCGGGACAUCGAGCUGUUGCAGAAUUACGGCAAGCCACUCCAACGCGAGGAGAUGCAACUAGCGACGAUGUUGAAGAAACUCCAGACGUUGCUGGACUCGCCAGACCAGUACAAAGCGCGGCUGAAGGACGUGGUAUCGCUUCAGCAUGUGCCAAAAGCGGCGCAGGUACCUCCAACGAGUCAACUGAGUCCGCAGGAUCUGCAGCGACUCUACGAGCUAAUGGACAAACAGCGACAGGGAAUGGAGCACCUGACGAACAUCAUCAACGACGACCUCGCAGACAUCCAGCUCAUCAAGGAGACGUGGCGACGGUAG